UAUGAGUUGUAUAACAUUAAGGCUAGUGGAGUGAAAGGUAAGCCCACAUCUCCAUUCCAUUUCUUACCUGGAGCUCCUCAGUUCUUUGCAACCUAGAGCUGUGAAUUGGGGUCUUGUAACAAAGGGAGUAACUGGAAUGGUAGAGAUUAAGAUGUUAACUGAUUAUGCAAGUGAAGAGCCUAAUUUCUGCGAAUGGAUGCAAGAGGAUAAAGAACUGUCUACUCAUGGCCAUUAUCUUUACUACGAGAUUGGAGAAAUUGAUAAAGAGCUUUAUUUGGUCAGGGGAUAUCACUCAAAGGAAGCUGGUAGUUGUUAGUUGGAAGAACGUGUGCAAGCCUUUUAAUCAUGGUGGUUGUGGCCACAGGUCUUUAUUUACUCUCAAUGAAGCCUCAAAUUUAAAGCUUUGUUAGGACAUGUUACAUUCACAGGAACAUUGGGCUAUAUUACUGAGAAGCUGGGUCUGUAGAGAUAAACAAUGCAUCAAUCACCACAUUUUUUCAUCCUUAUGGAGUAGCUUCAAGUCGGAGUUCUAGCUUUUUACUAUAAAUUUCUGGAAUGACAGAUGGUGUGAUAAACAAUCUUUGGCUCAAACAUUACACAUACCUGUCAAUCUUCAUCAGUUUCUUUCUGCUACUGUUGCAGACUUUAUUCAUAGCACCAUUGGCAUAUUCCUUUUGAUCUGGAAGUUAUGUUCCCUAAUCUCAGACACAUUAUUGAUAGGGUUUCAAUCCCAAUGGAGCAUAAGCCUGAUGUAUUCCCCAAACACUUCUUUCCCUCUCAUCGCAUCUCAGUUUUCCUUCCUCUCUCUCAAAUCACAACCAAACACUCAUUUUCCCUCUCUUUUCUCUCCGAUCAAAAUGGCACGUACAAAACAAACCGCUCGCAAAUCCACCGGAGGAAAAGCACCAAGGAAACAACUAGCAACAAAAGCUGCACGGAAAUCUGCUCCGGGGACCGGAGGAGUGAAGAAACCUCACAGAUUUCGUCCAGGAACAGUUGCUUUAAGAGAGAUCAGAAAGUAUCAAAAGAGCACAGAGCUUCUCAUUAGGAAACUUCCAUUCCAAAGAUUGGUCAGAGAAAUCGCUCAGGAUUUCAAAACUGAUCUACGAUUCCAAAGUAGUGUUGUUUCUGCUCUUCAAGAAGCUGUUGAAGCUUAUCUUGUUGGUUUGUUUGAAGAUACUAAUCUUAGUUCUAUUCAUGCUAAGAGAGUUACUAUUAUGCCUAAGGAUAUUCAACUUGCUCGUAGGAUUAGAGGCGAGAGGGCUUAGAUUUGAUUUGUUAGGGUUUGGUUCUUGAUUAGAUUUC